CAACAACAACAAAGCAAUGCUCAACGAAGAAAGCUGUUUGGUAAAAAUGUCAAACAGAGGUACAGUAGGAGACAUUGCACAAGAAGUGCAGAGAAAACACAAAUGCAGAAGUGUUUUUAAUUAGAAUGCACGCUGCUCAAACACAAAAAAGAGAACGUGUGAAAGGGGAAAUAACAUGAAGCAUACUCUAAAACAAGAGUUUGACAAUACUUGUCAUGAUAAUAAUCCCCUGUAACAAUAAAUGGACAAAUGCACGGAAACAAACACUUUGCACCGUUUUAAUGAACUUUGCACCGUUUUAAUGAACUCCAAGAAAACGUUUGACGAAAAAAGCCUGCAGUGUCACAAGUAAAGUCCGUCAUGGAACUUCCUGAAAUGAAGCCAUUGCACAAACUGGGAGGACACGUUGAAGUGCAGAGGACAGAAGACAAGUGGACACACACGCACGCACACACACAAAGGGGAUCUUUUCUGUGAACCAGAAAGUGAACAGACUAGCAUUGCUGAAAAACACAGAGAAGAGGUGGAAAUAAGUUUGCUGCUGUCAAAGUGAGAGAACAGCUGAGAAGUUGGGAUGAUUCUUCUGGUCUGGUCUGCUCUGCUCCUCCACAUGAGCGUCUGCAAAGGAGAAGCAUCACAGAGCGACGACGCCUGCCGGAGUGGAUUCUGCAUCUCCCUCGGCAGCAGGCAAAUAACCUCAGAGACGGGACUCUGCGUCGUCUUGUCGUGUUCCUACUCCGCCGAAAACUUCAACCCACAAAGCGUGGUUUGGUUCAAAUGUGACCACAACGAAAAAUGCACCAACUCCGACAUAGUAUUCCACUCCAAGAACAUGAACAAAACGAGGAACAGCUUCAAGGCGAGGAUAUCACUGCUGGAGCAGGAUGUGAGUCGCAGGAACUGCAGCAUCAUCAUCCACGACCUCAGCCAGUCUGAUUCGGGAUUGUAUCAGCUCCGAAUUAAUGGCCUCUUUAACGGGAAAUCUGAUGGAUUCUCCUUCAACCAGCACAGGGUACAGCUAAGCGUAAAAGAGCUGAAGCAGAAGCCCACGGUGUUGAUCCCCACCCUGACCGCGGGCCGACCCGCCGCGCUCACCUGCACCGCCCCCGGCCUCUGCUCCGGGGACGCCCCCGCCUUCAGCUGGACGUGGAGGCGAGCAGGGGACGACUCCCCCCACGUUCUCUCGGGGAACCUCACGGUCGCUCGCCGGGAUCUGUCUGAUUUCACGCAACGACACAGCGCCACCUUGAUCUUGAACCCUUCCGCCCAGCAGCAUGGCACCCGGGUCACGUGCAGAGUCGCCUUCAAGGGGGUCAACGCGACCACGGAGGAGACGGCGACGCUAAAUGUGACUUACGUGAAGACGCCGUCCAUCACCGGGCAGACGACAGUAAAGGAAGGCGACACGCUGAAUCUGAGCUGCAGCGUUGACAGUUUCCCACCUUCUCGCAUAACGUGGAGUCUUCUAGAUUCCCACGCAACAAAGCCGCACACAGAGCUGACCCAAGCUGUCAGCGCCGCCUACCUCGUCAUCCCAAAUGUGGCCGCCGUCCAUUCCGGCCGCUACGUGUGUGCGGCGAACCACAGCGCGGCGACACUGACGGCGCACGUUGACAUGACCGUGACCUGGUUUGCGGGGAUCCUCGACGGGUCUGGAUGUGUGAUGCAGACGGCGGGUUUGACCUGCGUGUGCAUCAGUCGCGGGGUUCCUCAUCCCGUUGUCACGUGGCCUUCGCUGGAGAACCGGACCGAGUACCACGCGGGCACGAUCGCGUCCAACGACACCGUUAGCAGCAUCGCUCUGACUGUCGGAGGCCGCCACCUUUCUGCUGUUGAGUGUGUCAGCAGCCAUAAAGACGGGCAGGCAAAGAAACUCCUCAGCAUUGAAAUGAAAACAUUAGAACCUGAAGACACACGAGUGGAAACCCUCGCAAGUGUGCUGCGGGCCGACGUCAUCAUUGCAUUUUUGGUCGGAACGCUUCUUUCCGCCAUCUUGUGCUUGUUGCCAAUGAUCUGCUGCAGAUAUAGCUGCAGACAAACCAAGAAAAACUCUUGUCCGCUGGAUUUGGAAAUGGUGUCCCCACGGGAGGAAUCAGAGGAAACUGACCCGAGAGGGAUGAAGGAGAUCUUUGUCAACGGCGAGGACAAAGAUGACGUAGACUACGCCGACAUCAACUUCUCAGCGCUGAGGAGAAACAACACCAGGGGGGCGCCGUCCAAGCACGAGGCUACGGAGUACGCGGAGAUCAAGAAAGCGGGCUGCAGAAAUGACGGCAAAUCCGAGCUGUUGUUGGAAUGCCAGGGAACGCAGGAGGGCGGACCUCAGUGCUGCGAGCUAAAAGAGGACGAGGAGGUCCUGUAUUCAAAUGUGAAGGAAACAAUGAUGUGCAACGAUGUCAUCGAUGGUCAUGGAGAUAAUUGAACUCAACUUUUUUUUCCCUAAGCAGUGCAGGAUCAUUCAUGGCUGAACCACAUCUGACAGGAGCCAAACAUAUGUAUUAGGGCUGUGAAUCUUGGGGUACUACACGAUUCAAUUCAAUUCAAGGGGGUAACCUCUUUUCGUGUCCUUCUCGCCAUCUCCAGGUGUAAAUUGGAUGUCAAAGUUGACCAACUUGUGGGUUUAUGUCCACAACCUUCUACUAUCCAAGUGAGAGGCAUGAUUAUAAACUCAAAUUAACUUUCACCAACUCAGAGGCGAUGCAGCAGCUCGAUAUGUCAAUAUAGCAGCCCAAGCUAUUCAGCUCUCUGCUAAAAGUUGUUCCUCUGCGUCAGCGCUUAUAAUAACGAUAUCACUAAUACUUGGCUAAUAUUCAGGUCACAAACUGUAAAUAGAGUAUCAUUAGUAGUUUUUGGAUGUUUUAUGAGCCCAUGACUGCAUUUAUUACGAAUUAAAAUAAAUUUAAAAAAGUUAUCUGUUCUUUUCUUACACAGAGGUUGUGAAUGAUAGAUAAAAUUCCCCCAAACGUGUAGUUUGGACAACUUUUUUUCCCCAAUUGUGGCUUACAAUGCGAACUAAUAUGAGAGCUGGGUCAAAAAUUAAUCUGAUAUUGUGUUUAUUAUUCGAGUUUUAAUGGAACAUAGAUCAUUAAAAUAAAAUAGAUGCACAAUUGUUUUCUAGUACAGUGCAACUACAACACAAA